AUGCCACAAAAACUGUACCGGUACCUUAUAUCUACCUAUAAAUUCUACUUUCAAACAGUAAGCUCUGGAAACUUCGCAAAUGGCGAUACUGCUUGGUUCCUAGAAGGGCGACUCAACGCCUCAUACAACUGCGUCGAUCGGCAUGCGCUCGAAACACCCUCAAAACCCGCCAUAAUGUUUGAGGAAAACGCAGAUGAAGAGACUCGGAUUAUUACGUACAGUGAACUCCUUUGGAGCGUGUGCCAGCUAUCAUAUGUCUUGCAAGACAUGGGGGUAGCCAAAGGGGACACUGUUACAAUCUACAUGCCCAUGGUUCCCGAGGUUCUUAUUGCCAUGCUUGCAUGCGCACGGAUCGAUGCAUUUCAUUCUGUUGUUUUUGCUGGCUUCUCGGCAGAAGCGCUGCAAGAAAGGAUACUAGACGCGGGAUCCAAACUCAUAAUCACAAGUGAUGAGGCCCGAAGAGCGGGCAAGACCAUUUCCAUGAAAAGUGUGGUUGACCAAACAUUGAGGUCUUGUCCAGGGGUCACUGGAUGUCUGGUGUUCAAACGAACUGGCACGAUACAUACGCCUUGGACGCCCUCACGAGAUCGGUGGUGGCAUGAAGAAGUCAAAAAAUGGCCUGACUAUAUGCAGCCUGAGGACCUAUCAGCUGAGCAUUCACUGUUCCUGCUGUAUACCUCGGGAUCUACAGGAAAGCCCAAAGGUCUCAUGCAUACAACAGCUGGCUACCUCCUUGGAGCCACUGCAACAAUAUUUUCGACCUUCACGAGCAAAAUGUCUUUUUUUAAACACCACGUAACGCAUUUCUACACUGCACCUACAGUACUGCGGUUGCUGAAAAAAGCCGGUUCUGAACCAAUUCCUGACCGAGCCUUCAAACUGAGGGUUCUGGGGUCUAUCGGAGAGCCUAUUGCCCCAGAAACAUACUUCCAAAUUGAGACAGGAUGCCAUGCCCUCGCCCCAUUGGCCGGGGUCACUUCCACUAAGCCUGGCUGUCCAUCUGUUCCCUUCUUCGGUGUUGACCCUGUAAUUAUUGAUCCUUUCACAGGAAGCGAGAUUGUCGGCUGUAACAAAGAAGGCUAUCUUGCCUUCAGGCAACCUUGGCCGAGCAUGACUCGCUCAGUCUGGGGUGAUCAUUCGAGAUUCAUCGAGACGUAUUUCAACCAGUACAAGGGUUACUACUUGACUGGUGAUGGAGCGUACUGGGACUCUGAGGGUGAUUAUUGGGUAUGUGGUCGCAUCGGCGAUGUGAUCAAUGUUAGUGGGCAUCGACUGUCUACAGCUAAAUUAGAAGCUGCGCUUUUGGAGCAUCGCCACAUUCCACAUAAAAAAGCCAUUGGGGGGUUUGCAACCCCAAAAUUUCUGAUAGUAGUUUCCGAUAUUCCCAAGACUCGGUCGGGUAAGAUUAUACGAAGGAUUCUGAGGAAGAUCUUUGAAGGAGAGAAAACGAACUUUGGAGAUGUGUCAACAGUGAGUGAUUUUAGCGAUGUAAUUAGCCCGAAGGAAAGAAAAUAG